UUCCUGGUUCUGGAAGCACCAGCUAUGCCACACACACAACAUCAGUCAUGGCAGUUUCUCCACCUCAAAACUUAAUUUUGAUCUAUCUAGAUGCUUAUCCUCUGGCUAGCUCCCUCAUUUCGAAUGAUACUCUGCAAGUAACCUCACUGUCAUUGCACCACUAAUUGCAUCCGGCAGUCCUUUCUUCCCUUUCUUUUGUCUUCCAUAAUGGCAGCUGAUCAUCAGCACCAAGGCAGCAAAAACUCCAGUAACCAGCUCUUGGAAGAACUAGAAGCACUCAGUCAAUCCCUCUACCAAUCCCACGCUUCAGCCACCAGACGAACUGCCUCCCUCGCUCUUCCUCGGACUCCGGCUCCCUCGGUUUCUUCCGUCGAUAAGAAAAAUGAGGAGAAACCCAGUGCAAGACCGCUUGCCCGGCGCAUGUCCUUGUCGCCCUGGCGGUCUCGGCCGAAACUCGAUGACGAAAACGAGCAGCAGAGAGAUCAGACAAAGGUCUCGAAUCAGAAACAAAGCAGAAAAUUUGAUGAUUCAGUGGAGAAGAAAGGACUCUGGAGCUGGAAGCCAAUUCGAGCAAUUUCCCAUAUUGGGAUGCAGAAGCUGAGCUGCCUGUUCUCGGUGGAAGUAGUCAGCGUCCAAGGCCUUCCUGCUUCAAUGAAUGGCCUUCGGCUCUCAGUUUGUGUUAGGAAGAAAGAAACCAAGGAUGGGGCAGUUCAUACAAUGCCAUCGAGAGUUUCAGAGGGAGCUGCUGAUUUUGAAGAGACGAUGUUUCUUAGAUGCCAUGUUUAUUGCAGUAGUCCUGGCAAUGGGAAGCAGCUAAAAUUUGAGCCCCGACCGUUUUUGAUUUACGUAUUUGCAGUUGAUGCAAAGGAGCUUGAUUUUGGAAGAAGUUCUGUGGAUUUGAGUCUCCUAAUUCAGGAAUCCAUUGAGAAGAGCUUGGAAGGUACACGUGUUCGGCAGUGGGAUAUAAGCUUCGAUCUACUGGGAAAGGCUAAAGGAGGAGAGCUUGUUCUUAAGUUGGGGUUUCAAAUUAUGGAGAAAGGUGGAGGGGUUGACAUUUACAGUCAGGCUGAGGGAUUGAAGUUAGGUACAUCUAAGAAUUUCUCAUCCUCUUAUGCUCGUAAGCAAUCGAAAUCAUCAUUUAGUGUCCCAAGUCCGAGGAUGACAAGCCGGGCAGAGGCUUGGAGUCCUUUACAGGUAGGAGCAGCAGCUGAUUUUCAGGCGAUUGAUCAUUUGAAUCUUGAUGAACCUGGUCCCUCUGCUGAGCAGAAGUCUGAAGAACCAGAACCGAAGAUGGAAGAAACUGACCUCCCAGAAUUUGAAGUUGUGGAUAAGGGAGUUGAAGUGCAAGACAAAAAAGAAGAGGAUCAAAUGGGAGAAAGAAAAGAAAAAUCCGAAGAAAAAUUGUUGUCACAAGAGAUUGUUAAGGAAGUCGUGCAUGAUCAAGUCCACUUGAAUAGAUUAACAGAGCUUGAUUCAAUUGCUCAGCAGAUAAAAGCUCUGGAAUCUAUGAUGAGAGAAGAAAAUGCUGUCAAGACAGAAGUAGAAAUUGAAUCGCAUAGACUGGAUGCGGAUGAAGAAACAGUCACGAGGGAAUUUCUGCAGAUGCUUGAGGAUGAAGAGGCCAACCAAUUCAAACUUGAUCGACCCGAUAUUGAUAUCCCUUCUUUGAAGCUGGGUGGAGAGGAGGAUUCUGGUAAAGCAGAUCAAUCAAAGGUAUUUCUCCCAGACCUUGCAACGGGCGUGGGCUGCGUGGUUCAAACGAAGCACGGAGGCUACUUAGCUGCCAUGAAUCCUCUUGACACUGCAGUAUCAAGGAAAGACACUCCGAAACUUGCAAUGCAGAUAUCAAAACCAUUGGUUCUCCCAUCACAUGAAUCCAUUAGGGGGUUUGAGUUGUUUCAGAUGAUGGCAGCUAUUGGGCUUGAAGAACUUAGCACUGAGGUUCUAUCUUCAAUGCCCAUGGAUGAAUUGAUGGGCAAAACUGCAGAACAGGUAGCUUUUGAAGGCAUCGCUUCAGCAAUUAUCCACGGUAGGAGCAAAGAAGGCGCAAGCUCAAGCGCUGCCCGUACCAUUUCUGCAGUAAAAACUAUGGCAACUGCCAUGAGUAGAGGUAGGAAAGACAGGAUUGCAACUGGGAUUUGGAACAUCAGUGAAGACCCACUGACUGCAGAUGAAAUUCUGGCAUUCUCAAUGCAGAAGAUUGAGACUAUGGCAGUUGAAGCUCUAAAAAUUCAAGCAGAAAUGGCUGAAGAAGAACCCCCCUUUGAUGUUUCUGCAGUCAUAGGUGAUCGCAGGAAAGAUCAAAACCACCCCCUAACUUCUGCCACUUCACUAGAGGAUUUCAUGAAAAAAAGCAGUUUGGCUGUGGCAGAUGGUGAACCUGAUCACAACACAGCAAACAUCACACUAUCAGUGAUUGUCCAACUUCGGGAUCCGCAGCAAAGAUAUGAGGCAGUUGGAGGACCGAUGAUAGCCUUAGUUCAUGCCGCAGUUUCUGAUACCAAUGUCAAACAUGGAAAGUAUGAGGAGGAAAAUAGGUUUAAACUGGCGAGUCUGCAUGUUGGAGGCAUCAAAGUGAGAAGUGGAGGGAAGAGGAAUGUUUGGGACAGUGAGAAGCAUAGGCUAACGGCAAUGCAGUGGCUGGUGGCUUAUGGGCUGGGAAAGGCAGGUGCCAAAAAAGGAAAACACAUAAUCUCAAAGGGCGAAGAUUUGUUGUGGAGCAUUUCCUCACGUGUAAUGGCAGACAUGUGGCUCAAGCCAAUGAGGAAUCCAGACAUAAAGUUCUCAAAGUAGAGGAAACACUUUCCCCACCACCCCAUGUUCAUUUUUUUUUUCUGUAAAUCUAGAGAAAGUCUGUUGUUUACACUGAUAUACAAUGGUUUGGCCAAGGCUGUGCAAGGUAUGAGGAAAUAAAGAAGCUGAAAAUGUGGGUACAUCAAGCAGCAGCACUAUUUGUUACAAAAUCUUAAUAAGGCUUCUGCAAAUGAGAUUGUCAGCGGCUGUAUGUUCAUAUCUUAAAAUGGAAAAUGGUUUUCAUUUUGCUUUUCA